CCAGAAUAGAAUCCACUUGGUUACAGUAUAUUUUUAUAAGGAACUGCAGCUUCUCUCUGUUAAUAAUUUCUCAGUAUUUGCAUGGAUACUCACAAUCAAGUUCUGUCUAAACUUCCUUUUCAAAUCAUAAUUUGUCGAUUUUGGUGUCUAUGCUAUUUAAUAAAGUUCCUUCUAAUUCCUCUGGAACUAUUUAAAUAUAAGAAUUCUCUGAUCGCUGGAUAUUUGAAAGAGUUCAAUGGGAACUCAGUGAUUGAUGCUUUUCGGCAGAGAAUUUCUUGUCUUCAUUUUUACCCAUGAUUAGGUUUUCUUGUUUCUUGGAUCAAAUUUGAUACAUCUAUUUGUGUCAUAAAGAAUUUUGAAUGUAACACAGAAUUCUCAUUCAAUUUCCUGUGUGUCUGUGGUUCUCUCUUUUUUUUUUAUCUUACCCUUCUUUCUCUUUUUUAUAAGUAUAGUUACUUGUUGAUGAUAACUUUCCCCCACACCACUUGAAUUAUGGAUCAGCUUUACAUUUUCCCGUGGAUUCUUUGCUUUCCAUAAAUGUAUUAAAAAAUAUUUUUCGUUUUUCUCAACUGAAUUCUUAAGCCAACUGUCUUUUUCUUAAGGCUACUUUUGGAUUUGGAUCCCUAAUCUUUUAAAACACUAAUCCUUUAUGUUUCUCCCAAAACUGCACUCACGAAACUCAAUCCAGGGCUGACGGCCGUCUCCGCGUCUCUAGGCAACCAGCGUCUGUAGGAGGCCGGGACGCCGACGAGCCGCACAGUCUUCUGGGAAAUGUAGUUAGGAAGGGCCUUCCUCUCGCGCACGCGCACUCGCACGGCUACCGACGCUUUCGGGUUGCGCGGGUUGUCUUUGUCCUUCGCCGCCACGCGAGAGGCGAGUGUGCGUGUGUCUAUAGACACCCCCCGCUCCCCCAGUCCUGGCCGUGUCGGGGUGCAGCGGAUCCGCAAGGAUCGCAGCGAGGCCCGCGGCCCGGGGCGUUGUGCUGGCCGUGGGCGUGGCGGUGGCGAUUCUGGGGGUCGGCGGUCGGUCACGUGGUUCCGGGUCCUGAGCACCCGAGGCCGGAGGCCUGGGGGUCGAUUAUUAAAAGGCGGUGCCUUCCGCGAGUGGCUCACCUGGAUGUCUUCGGCUGCCAGCCCAGGUCAGGUCGGGUUGAAGGCCUGGGACCCGAUGGCUGAACAGAAAGCGUUCAUAGUGUAUCUGCGCAGAACCAGAACGUGAUGCUGAGUGGAACAAGGGGAUGGUGAUGAAGGCUGCCCCUUACUUCCGAAGAUAAAUGUGAGGGCUGUUGCAGGGAGCGCUGCAGUGCCAUGCACGAAACUGCCAAGCCCACAGAUUGUGUGUGAGAUAAGAAAGGAGUCCCUGUAACCAGGACCUGGUCUCUGCAAAGACCUCGCCACGACCUCAGCAGAGCUUCAGGAAGUAGCGGAAGAGACACAGGAUAGAAAGCUCUCAGACUCGCUAAUCUUCUCCCACAGUGAACAGAAAAUGACCAUGUUACAGGAGUCAGUGUCAUUUGAAGAUUUAUCCGUUGACUUCACCCAGAAGGAGUGGCAGCUGCUAGACGCCUGUCAGAAGGACUUGUACAAGGACGUCAUGUUGGAGAACUACAGCAGCCUGCUGUCGCUGGGGUAUGAAGUGAUGAAACCGGACGUCAUCUUCAAGUUGGAGCAAGGACAAGAGCCGUGGACAGGAGGUGGAGCGCCGCCCAGUUCAGGCUCCCUGGAACAAGUCUUACAAGUAAAUGGUCACAUGACAUGGCAGCAGGAUAACCAAGAGAAGCUUAAAAAUUCAAAACAAGAUCAUGAAUAUGAUGCAUUUGGAAAAAAUUUCAAUCUGAACAUAAACUUUGUUCCUUUAAGGAAAUCAAACAACGAAGGUGAUGUAGAUGGAUUAAUUUUAAAACAUCAUUUAGAUUUACUUAUUCCAAAAGCAAAUUAUGGAAAAACAGAACCAGAUGACUUAAAUAUAUUUGAUAAAUUGUUUCUACAUACCAAGCCCGAGGAAACUGAUAGUUGGUUAAAAUACUAUGAAUGUGAUAAAGUUAACUAUAAGAAGUCACAGAUUAUCAUAUAUCACAGGACUCGUUUAGGGGAGAAACUUUAUGAAUGCAGUGAAUGUAGGAAACGCUUCAGUAAGAAAUCGAGUCUCAUUAAACAUCAGAGCAGACAUGUGAGAGAGAUAGCCUAUGGCUGUGGUAAAUGUGGUAAAACCUUUCCCCAAAAGUCACAGUUUAUUACACAUCACAGAACUCAUACAGGAGAGAAGCCUUAUGAUUGUAUCCAGUGUGGGAAAGCCUUUUCCCAAAAGUCACAGCUCACAUCCCAUCAGAGGACACAUACAGGAGAGAAACCGUAUGAAUGUGGUGAAUGUGGGAAAGCCUUCUCCCGGAAGUCACAUCUUAUAUCACAUUGGAGGACACACACAGGAGAAAAACCCUAUGGGUGCACUGACUGUGGGAGGGCCUUUAGUGAAAAGUCAAAUCUCAUCAAUCAUCAGAGAAUUCACACAGGGGAGAAACCUUUUGAAUGUAGAGAAUGUGGGAAAGCUUUUAGCAGGAAGUCACAACUUGUUACACAUCACAGGACUCACACAGGAACAAAGCCCUAUGGAUGUAGUGACUGUAGAAAAGCCUUCUUUGAGAAAUCAGAGCUCAUUAGACAUCAGACCAUUCAUACUGGAGAGAAGCCCUAUGAAUGUAGUGAGUGUCGGAAAGCAUUCAGAGAAAGAUCAAGUCUCAUUAACCAUCAGAGAACCCAUACAGGAGAGAAACCCCAUGGGUGCAUUCAGUGUGGAAAAGCCUUCUCCCAGAAGUCCCAUCUCAUAUCACAUCAGAUGACACACACAGGAGAGAAACCCUUUGUGUGCAGUAAAUGUGGGAAGGCCUUUAGCAGGAAAUCCCAGCUUGUUAGACAUCAGAGAACUCACACAGGAGAAAAACCCUAUGACUGCAGUGAAUGUGGGAAAGCUUUUAGUGAGAAAUUAAGCCUCACUAAUCAUCAGAGAAUUCAUACAGGAGAGAAGCCCUAUGUGUGCAGUGAAUGUGGGAAAGCCUUUUGUCAGAAGUCACAUCUCAUAUCACAUCAGAGGACACAUACAGGUGAGAAACCCUAUGAAUGCACCGAAUGUGGGAAAGCCUUUGGAGAAAAGUCAAGUCUUGCAACUCAUCAGAGAACGCAUACGGGAGAAAAACCCUACGAAUGCAGCGAGUGUGAGAGAGCCUUCUCUCAGAAAUCACAGCUCAAUACUCACCAGAGGAUUCACACAGGAGAGAAACCCUUUGAAUGCGGUCUUUGUAGGAAAGCUUUCUUUGAGAAGUCAGAGCUAAUAAGACAUCAGAGAACUCAUACAGGAGAAAAACCUUAUGAAUGCAGUGAAUGUAGAAAGGCUUUCAGGGAGAAGUCAAGUCUCAUCAAUCAUCAGAGAAUACACACAGGAGAGAAACCCUUUGAAUGCGGUGAAUGUGGCAAAGCCUUCUCGCGGAAAUCGCACCUCAUACCACAUCAGAGGACACAUACAGGAGAGAAACCCUAUGGGUGCAGUGAAUGUAAGAAGGCUUUCUCUCAGAAGUCACAGCUUGUUAAUCACCAGAGAAUUCAUACAGGGGAGAAGCCUUAUCAAUGCAAUGAAUGUGGGAAAGCCUUCUCCCAAAAGUCACAGCUCAUUAAUCAUCAGAGAACUCAUACAGUAAAGAAAUCCUAGAAAUGGAGUUACUAUUAGUCUUUGACAUAGAUCUUGCCUCACUGUACUUCAGAAAAUGCAGUUCUGGUAAAUCUUUCAGAUAAGAGACACAUCACAUUAUAUGUCUGACUACUCAGAGUAGGAACUCUAAAGAGGUUGUGUAGGGAAAGCUUUCCCCAGAUUCACAUGUUUAUAUUAUGAAUUCAUAUUAGAAUGAGCCUAUGAAAUACAGUGGGUCCAAAAACCUUUCAAACCAUAGUCAGACCUUAUACAGUAGAAAAAUUAACAGCAGAGGAAUACUGUGAAUACCAAAAAGUCCCUGGAGGUCAAGUCGCAUUAGCUGUUGGAGAAUUCCCAGUAGGCAUAAACCCAAGUCCAGUAAGUGAAUGAAAACCCCAUGAAUGUGGCAGUUGAGGUAAUAUUUUCAUCAAGAAAUGACAGCUUACUGUACAUAAAAAAAUGUCCUCAGGAAUGAAAUUCUAUGAACUUACUAAAUAUGGGAUAAUCUUUACUAGGUAAUCCAAGCAUACUUUGUUUUAGAGAAUUUAUGUUGUGGGUAAACUUAACAACUUAAAGACACUGGAAAUAUAUGCCCCUAGAUAUAAUGCUGUGAAGGAAAGCCAUAUACUUUUUAUAUACAUGCAUCCCCAAAAUACCUAAUUCUAAGUGGUUGACAGGUGUUCACUUGGAAGUAUGAAGUUUUAAAUAUAGGUGAAUAAAUUGAAUCAUUGAAACAUCUAAAUAAGAAAUUUCUUAGUGGUAUUUAUAGCUAACUUUCCUUUGUCACAUAAUAAGUUUUGUAUUUAGGGAUUCCAUAUGAUAAUGUAAUAGGGAACAUGAGAUGCCCAUGCCUUGUCGUGCCUCUGAUGUCUGUGAAUACACCACAUGCCACUGGUUUUUCUAUCUUACUGAUACUGUAAAAAUGGUAACUAAUAUGACAUGUCUUAUUGCUAAAUCAGUAGCUUAAGUAAUAACACCACAUCUCUUUUCCCUGUGGUUUGCUGGCAUAGAAAAGGGGUCUCUUAUUACUGAGAUUUCUCCUCAGUAACAAAAGCCAAUGUUGUAUAAAGUCUUCUCAGAGUCCAAGAGACAGUUUAUAGAAAACCGGUUAAGAAAUAUUCAAAGGCACGAACCACAGAAUAGCAAUAGUGAUUCAUGAUAUACUAACGAGCAAAAGAAAGGAGGUGUGAGAACCCUGACUCAGCACUCCACCUAACUGGCAGUAGUGUUGUGCAGAAUCUUCUCAUUCAGGGAGACGCCUCCAUGUGUCAAGUCUAUAUAUCUGAAGUGCGAUGUAACCAAAGUACAAUUUGUACUUUAAUUUACUAUGGUGAAAUAUGGAUUCUGUGUGCUGCUAUUACGUUUUUGGUGUUUCAUAAAAUACGUUGUAAAAAUUAGAUAAAGUAAAGAAUUAAGAGUCACUUCAGAAAAUGUAAAAUACAGAGAAUUUUGUGGUGAGAAAUAUAUUUUUGAUGUAGUCAAGGAAGCUUGUUUUGCCUUCCUGCAAAUUUCUGUGAUCACUGGACAGGUUUAGGGAAAGAGAUUUUCAUUAUUUCAUCCUUUGGAGUGUUUGUGUUUCACCUUCCAUUACCAGUUGCAUCAUUCACAUGGCAAACUUCCCAUUUUGAAUUUACUGUUAUCUAAGUAUGGUGCCCUUUGAAAAUUCAUGAACCGCCCCUCAACUUAGUUAGAAUUUUGUAGUGAUCUCUCUACAGUGUUGCUUGACAAAGUCAACAGUAUUUUGUGUAUGCAGGUGAAAUUCAGAGAAAUCCAACACUGACCUUGUUUCCAAACUUGGAAAAAUCAAGACUUCUCAUAUACAAGUUGUUUUGUCAGGAAGGUGGAUUGGACCUUUGAUUCCAGAAGGCUUUUUUUCUUUGAUUUCCAAUUUUACAUCAAUGUUGAAAAAUUUUACUGUAAAUGAGAGUAAUUUUCUAUACCACUGUAUCUGAAUUUCAACAGCCAGAUAAUUAUGUCUUUCCACAUGGUAAUUUUAAAAACAUCAAAUUGGCCAAAUUUUUAUUUAUACUGAAAUUUAUGGACUUCCUACACUUCUCCCUAAUACCUGAAGGUCAUUUUACCAGAUGGGAAAAUGGGCCUUUGUAAAUGAACAGAUAGUUACAGGGUGUUUUACUUUGUGGUUUUCCCAUUUUUUUCUUUCCAUCAUAAUUGUCAUCCCUAGUCCCAGAGAUUGACUCAUUAGGUCUUGAAUAGAGCUCAAGAGUCUGUUGUCUAAAAAAUUCCCAAUUUUGCUUAUUCCAAUUCUAGAUUAUUUUAUUAAAUGUUAAGCAGUUAAAACUGGUACUUCCUUCACUAGAUAUUGUUGGAACUUCGGCAAUGGCCUAUUGGUUGAAUACCCAAGAGCUUUUUUUUUUUUUGUAAGGGUCAGGUAUUAGCCACCUAUUGGGUUGUCAGAAAAGUCAUGACGCAGUUUUGCAACGAAAAACAGAAAAAAUACGUCAUGACUUUUCCAACAACCCUAUAGUUUUACUAGAAUACCUGAUGCAGAGACCCAGGUCUGUUGUGUUGAGCUCACUGAGAGCCUGUGUUAUUCUCAGUUUUCACAAGAGUGCUGAUUCUGAAAUUAGAGAGUUUCAGUUUUUUAAAUUACUUAGUAACCCACAAAAAAGGGCAUCCCUACAUUUCCACUCAUUGAUUUGUACCACAAACCCCACCUCAAGAAGUAAGGCAGUUUCAGAGUGGACUUACCUAGUUUCAUGGAGCAGUAAGUUACAUGGAGAUAGAAUACCUGAGACCACAUGUAGGAAGUGCCACCUUCCUUCUCUCUUUCACCACCCAGGUUCUCCCAUUGGCCUGGACGUAGUGCUGCAGAGGACAAUUUCUACGAUACUCUUUUUCAUAAAUAAUGGAUGUUUUGGGGGUCCAGUCUGUAAAUA